AUGUCUGGUGUUAGCAAGGCUUGCUGCUCCAUCCCUCCCGUCGUGGCCAAGAACUACCAGGCCAAGGGUGAAUACAAGACCAUCAAUGGCUUGAAGACUUACGUCACCGGCCCCGAAGACGCCACCAAGGCGAUCCUCGUCAUCUACGAUAUCUUCGGCUUCUUCCCCCAAACCCUCCAAGGCGCGGACAUCCUCUCGACGGCCAACACGCAAAAAUACCGCGUCUUCAUCCCCGACUUCUUCGAGGGCCAACCCGCAGACAUCUCCUGGUUCCCACCCCAGACCGACGACCACAAGGCCAAGCUCGGCAACUUCUUCCAGACCAAGGCCGCCCCGCCCGCCACUUUGUCGCGGAUCCCCGGCGUCGUCGACGAGGCCAACAAGCUCGCGCCCGCCGGGAAGCCCUUCGACUGGUCGAUCCUCGGGUACUGCUGGGGCGGCAAGAUCGCGGUGCUGGCGACCGGCCAGGAGAACAAGACGUUCAAGGCCGCCGUGCAGUGCCAUCCGGCCAUGCUGGCACCGGAUGAUGCCAAGAGCGUGAAUGUGCCCAUGGCGCUGCUGGCGUCGAAGGACGAGGAUCCGUCCGAUGUGACGGCGUUCGGGGAUAAUCUGUCGAAGCCGCACUAUGUGGAGACGUUCACUAGCCAGAUCCAUGGGUGGAUGGCGGCACGGUCGGAUUUGGAGAAUGACGAGGUUCGGAAGGAGUAUGAGAGGGGAUAUCGCACUGCAUUGGACUUCCUGCACCAGCAUGCUUAG